CCGGAGAGACAAUCUGCAGCCCCCUGGGUCUGUGCAGUGACCAGCCAGUCCCCUGAGAACUUUCCCCUCCAGCACCUGGGAAAAUGAGGCUUUGGCUCCAUGUAGUGUUCCUUGCAGUGGCUUUGGAAGGUGUCCGGUCCCAGGCACUGGUGGAGUCCGGAGGGGAUGUGAAAAAGCCCGGAGACUCUCUCCACCUCUCCUGCAAAGCCUCCGGGUUCAAAGUUGGGGACUACGGGAUGCACUGGGUCCGGCAGGCUCCCGGGAAGGGGCUGGAGUGGGUCUCACGCAUUUAUUGGGAUGUAUGGAACCACUAUUAUUACGCAGACUCGGUGAAAGGCCGAUUCACCAUCUCCAGGGACGAUUCCAACAACCGGCUGCAUUUGGACAUAACCGGCCUGAAGUCCGAGGACACCGCCCGGUAUCACUGUCAGCGGCCCCAGGAGCCCAGCCCCAACUUCCAACAGGGGCCAUCGCCCUGCUCGGUCAGUGAGGACCUUCCAGCCUCCCCCGGGCAGGAGGUGGAGGAUCCCUCUGCCAGCCCCAGCAGCUCGGGCCGCUCCCCAUCCGACAGCAGCAGCGCCUGCGACUCGCACAGCGGCCUGGCCGACGGACGCUUCUGCUUCGCUCCAGGGUCCGCCAGGGACUCCGAGGACGACGAGGAGCAAGAAGAACGGGUAGACUUGGUAACAGAGGAGGCUGCUCUCAUGAACAUCCGAGAGCAGCUCCAUGCCCGAGAAAAGGACGAGGCGCAGCAGCUCGAGUUCCUGCACGCACUCUACGCCGCGUGCCUCGCUGCCCAGCAGAGAGGGGAGGACACAUUGGAGCCACACUGCUCGAAGGCGGCUGUGGCGGAGAGGAUUGUGGAGCUCAUUGAGGAGCUUCCUCCUAACUCUCCACUCGGCGCCGUCCUGGCCAACUCCCUCAUUGCUGUGGCCAACCUCAGGUACCGAGACCCUCCCGCCUGGUUCCCCUAA